GUCGUGUCUCAGUGUCUAUCAGCCGUUUGUGGAGUGUAGACCUCGGUUAAUUAAUUCACGCACGUUUUGAAAAUUUUAGUGAAACAUAUAUAUUUGUGAAAUAAUUUUACUUUUCUAGACUACGUGAACAAAAGACAUUAGGUCCGCCUACUUCAUCUAAAAAAUUGUGCGUAAUAAAUGCUUCAUUCAGACAUUGUACUGACAGAUUGGUGCAUGUUCUCCACGACAUAAACAUUUGAAAAUGGAAAAUGACAUUAUCUGAACAAUUAAGAAGUGAAAGAAAAUUGCGAUAAAACGAACGAAAUAAAAUAAAACGAGGAAAAAUAUUAAAUAUAUAAAAGGAUAGCUUAAGUAUAUAAAAGGAUAUCUUUCGUUACACUGGAUGAUAUCAGAGCAAAUUUAAACAAUAUGGAAAUUUACAAGUUAAUCUAUUAUCUUAUUGGAUUAAUGCUGUUCGUCGGGAAUUGUUUCGCUUAUGACCCAGCCGCAUGUAUACAAUGCCGAGAGUCGCAUAUGUGUAAUCCACCGGACUGCUUUUGUUGCCGGGACAAAAUGCCGUUAAAUGCCCGUAAAAUACCGCAAAUGGUUUUCUUCUCUUUUGAUGACGCUGUAAACCCUCAGGUAGCAAAGUUUUACAGACAACUUUUCAGUCCUAAACGACUGAAUCCAAAUGGCUGCCCGAUUUCAAUGACAUUAUUCGUUUCUCACCGAAACACAGUAUACAGUUUAGUGAAAGAUUUUUAUCAAAAAGGCAUUGAAAUUGCUUCACACAGUGUUACCCACGCUCAUAUGAACACAAACACUUUUAUCCGCGAGGCAAGGAAACAAAAAGAGAAUUUGUCCAAGCGCGCGGGCAUUCCUUCCGGUAAAAUCACCGGGUGGAGGAGUCCCUUCCUGGAGCCUGUCGGUGAUUUGCAGCCAUCAGUUCUUAAAGAUCUGGGUUAUGAGUACGACGCAACUCUCACAAUGGCUAAAAAGGGUAAAAAUGACAAAGCUAUAACGCCAUUUACGCUAGACUUUGGUUGGCCAUACGAUUGCAAAAUAAAACCUUGCCCAACGAAAUCGCACAACGGAUUCUGGGAAGUACCAGUGGUUACCGUAAAGGAUUAUCUUAACAAAUAUGAUUGUGUUUAUGUUGACGGUUGUAACAAUCCACCUCCAACAGAAAAUCUGGCUUAUAAAUUUCUCUGGGACAAUUUUCAGAAAUAUUACACUACAAACAGAGCUCCUAUGGGAAUAAACAUGCACGCUUCUUGGUUUUACUAUCCAGACAGAAAAGCAGCUAUGGACAGAUUUAUUAAGCAACUUGUGAAGCUCGAUGAUGUAUACAUUGUUUCAAUUAAGCAAGUGAUAGAAUGGCUCAAAGCACCGACAUCUUUACGAGACAUAAAAACAUUCCAGCCUUGGCAGUGUAACGGAAAUACGACAAGUGAAACGAGAAGUAAACCGUCUGGUACCCGACAAAGGUCACGUGAUAUUACGUUUCGACCACGAAAUACACACGUUGGUAAUUUUAUUUCGAAUGUACCGCAUUCAUCAUUUCCAGUACGUUCUUGGCAAACACCAAAACCCCGAAUACCACAGUCAUUACCUACCACGAUGCAGGCACCAAAACCGCCAAUGGUACCCAGCCUGCCGAUGGUACGUUUCUGGUGGCGACCACCCGGUGUGAUCGAUAGAAAUAUCAAGAUGCAAGAACAGAAACGGAAACAAGAAUUGUUAAAAAAGCAAAAACUGGAAAAAGAAAGAUUGCGUCGAAUUAAAGCCGAAGAAGAACAAGCAAGACUAGUUGAGCAAAAACGUCAGGAAAAGGUCAGGCAACAAGAACAAGCACGAAUACUUGAACAAAAACGACAAGAAAAGCUUAGGCAGCAAGAACAAGCAAAACUGCUUGAACAACAACGCCAGGAAAAACUCAAACAGCAAGAACAGGCAAGACUGCUAGAACAAAAACAUCAAGAACAACAAAGGCAACAAGAGCAGGCAAGAUUGCUUGAACAGAAACGCAAAGAGAUGCUCAGACAAAAAGAACAGGCUAGACUGCAGGAACAACAGCGUCAAGAAAAGCUCAAGCAAGAAGAACAGGCAAGACUUCUUGAACAGAAACGCCUAGAGGAACUCAGGCAACAAGAACAAGCAAGACUUCUUGAACAGAAACGCCUAGAGGAACUCAGGCAACAAGAACAAGCAAUACUUCUUGAACAGCAACGCCUAGAGAAGCUUAGACAACAAGAGCAGGCGAUACUGGCUGAACAAAAACGUCAAGAGGAACUUAAGAAACAAGAACAGGCAAAACUACUUGAACAGCAACGCCAACAGGAGCUCAAGAAACAAGAACUAGCGCAACAAGCUGCUGCCUUGAAAAGUCAGAAAGAACUGGAAAGAAAACGAUUGGAAGAAUUCCAAAGAAAACACGAGUUGCAGCUUCAGAAGCAGCGUCAGCUGGUAGCUGAACAGCAUCAGAAAGCUGAGACGGAACGGUUGAGAGAACUACAGAGACAAGAACAUUUAAAACAACAAGAAUUAGAAAAACAAAGACAGGCAUUGGUCACAAAGCAGAAACUUGCAAAUGUCAAAAAUAUACAACAAAAUGAACUUAGUCAGAAGCAUGUCGUCACAAAUGGAAAUUUACUUCAAAAUGAAUUUCUUCUGCCGUCUAGUGUCACAAACGAAUAUUUACUUCAAAACGAAUUUCUUCAAAUGCCCAGUACCAGUAACGGCAAUUUACUUCAAAACCAAUUGUUUCAAACGCCUGAUACUACAAAGAGGAAUUUUCCUCAAACGCCAGAUCUCACAAACCAAAAUUUACUUCAUAAUGAAUUUCUUCCAGCUUCUGUUAACGCAAACGGAAAUGUACUUCAAAAUGAAUUUUACAAUAAAGCUGAUACAACAGGCGUAGAUUUACUUCAAAGUGAAUUUCUUCAAACACCUGAUGUUACGAGUAAAAAUGUUCAUCAAAACAAAUUUCUUUCGGCGCCUGGUGCCACAAACGGAAAUUUACUUCAAAAUGAAUUUCUACAAACUCCUGAUGUCACAGAUACAAAUAUUCAUCAAAAUGAAUUUCUUCCUGUAUCUGGUGUCACAAACGGAAAUUUACUUCAAAAUGAAUUUCUACAAACGCCCGAUGUUACAAAUACAAAUAUUCAUCAGAAUGAAUUUCUUCCUGUAUCUGGUGUCACAAACGGAAAUUUACUUCAAAAUGAAUUUCUACAAACGCCCGAUGUUACAAAUACAAAUAUUCAUCAGAAUGAAUUUUUUCCUGUAUCUGGUGUCACAAACGGAAAUUUACUUCAAAAUGAAUUUCUGUCUUCGCCUGAUGCUACAAAAGGAAAUUUACUUCAAAAUGAGUUUCUGCAAGCGCCUAGUACCACAAACAAUAAUUUGCUUCAAAAUGAGUUUCUCCAACCCACUGAUGUCACAAAUAGAAAUAUUCAUCAAAGCGAAUUUCUUUCGGCGCCUGGUGCCACAAAUGAAAUUUUACUUCAUAACGAAUUUCUACAAACUCCUGAUGUCACAAAUACAAAUAUUCACCAGAAUGAAUUUCUUCCUGUAGCUGGUGUCACAAAUGGAAAUUUACUUCAAAAUGAAUUUCUUCCUUCGUCUGAUGCUACAAACGGCAAUUUACUUCAAAAUGAGUUUCUGCAAGCGCCUGAUGUCACAAAUAUUCAUCAAAACGAAUUCUCUCGAGCGCCCGGGGUUACAAACAAACCAGUUACUCCACUUGAAGUACAACAACCACUUAUUCAGAACCUAAACUUUCAAAAGGUACAAGACUCUCCUAGGAAAAGCGAUCAGCGUCAAACAGAUAUCAAUCAGAAUCUGUUUACACAAACACCGCCACCAACCACUUUUGAUCCUAACGAGGUUCUUGAAAAGUCAUUUAAAGUAUACAUUUCGCGUAAAUUAGAUGACAUUUUGGGAUUUCGCCCGAGUGAAAGAACAAACCAGCUUGAGCUUUUGAGCAUGGAUGAACUAAGAGCGUUGCAAGCAGAGCUAAGAAAUCGUCUUAUCACUAACAAACAAUCAAAUCAGAAAAAUAAUCAAAGUGAGAACAUUUCAGCACAGUCCGUAAAUGCACAAUCAAGUUCAGAUCCUGCUAUAGGUUCUCAGCCGAUGCAAAAUGAAAUUCAAACCGAUAAUAAACCAGUGUUGCGAGAGUUCCAUGUCCAGAGUAACGUGAGAAGAACAAAAAUAGAUAACCUUCCACCAGAACAGUUAGUGGCAGAGAAAGCUGUGAUUGGGCUUGAAACAUUCGCAGAACCUGUUUUGGCUGAGAACGCUAGUUAUUUGUUGCCAUAUAUAGAAACAACUCAAGCAACUUAUGCAGACCAGCCGGCAGAAAAUGAAUCAUUCACAACUGUUACAUACCAAACGACAACACAGUAUAUUCCAACCACGACAACACAGUAUAUCCCAACCGAACUGUUUACAACACAAACAAUGCCUCCUACUACGGCGUCCCCUACGACUACGGCAUCAGCUACGACGUUCCCCACAACUACAACGCAAUUGAUGAUAGAGUUAAUUGAAUAUAUAACACAACGAACCGCAACAGAGCAAUUAACAACCAAGCCGACAACUAGUACUACUACACAACGGAUGACAACCACAACUAUUCCUCCGACGACGCCGUCGACGACUACUACUGAACAAUCAACAAUAACAACAUCGGCAGCGGAAACGACGACGGAGAACACAACAUCCCAUUUUACCACAACUGCCGAACCUGCGACAACAACAACAACAACAACAACAGAAACAACAACAACACAACCAACAGUGUCAACCGAAAAGACUGCAAUACCAAUCAAACCAAUGUGGACUAUAUCAGAAGACAUCAUAGUUCCUUGGCAACGAUGGGUAACUCGAACUCCAGGAAAGACUGAAUUCCAAACUACGACACCAAGAGCUUCCGAGGUACAAAGACCCUCAACAAGGGUACCAAUUUUUACUGUCAAAAACUUAAAGAAGUCAAAUGUUUUGUUCAAUGAGCAGCCAAUUCGUCCCGUGGCAGUAGAAAACAAUAACAUGAACAAUCGGAUUAAUAACGGACAAAACUCAGACAGUGGAGUCAAGCCUCAGCCAACAGCAUUUGUUAAUGCUCCGAAGCAUUUUGAUAUAAACACAGCUUAUCAACCAGGGCUAUUUGGCGGUAUAAAUGUAAAUCCAAACCGUUUUCUGAUACCCAUGGUUGCUCCAGUUCAGACUCCGUCACCGAAAAUCGUUAUGCAAAUGACGGAAGAACGGUCACCAACAAAUCAAGAAUCAGCAAGUUUACCGGCCUCAAACAAACACAUUCAGCUGGGUCAACAGUCUGAUAAUACACGUGUGCACAGUGUGCAAGUGAUAGCUAAAAAUGUUGCGAAUUUUGCAAAUAAAUUUGCGAUUACGGGACAUGAACAGCUGCCAGAAGUCUCUGAUGUGCUCCAACAGAAUACAGAAAGUAUACCACCACCAGACAACGUACAGCGCGUUUCAUCGACGCAGACUGGACGGGUACCCACGUCAAAAGAGUGUAUACAGGAAAUAAAUUGCAUGCGGCCGAACUGCGUCUGUAAGACUACCAAUCCACCGGAAGCAAUAAAAUUAGAAAACACUCCUCAGAUAGUCUACAUCACUAUAGACGGGAGUCUGAACUUUCAUACCUACGGAAAAAUGAGAUCCUUAUUUUCGCGUGGGCGGAAGAAUCCAAAUGGCUGUAGAAUCAAAGGGACUGUUUUUAUAACCGAUACCGGGAGUAGCUAUCGUAUAGCCAACGUUCUGAAGACGGACGGUAUAGAGUUGGCCAUGAUGGGCGUUAGUUCAAGACCUUAUACCGAUUCUGCAAAACUUAGGAAAGAUUUACUAAGGCAGAGAAAACGUAUUGCAGUAAGUGCGAAUUUAGCUCUGGAUGACGUCAUAGGCUGGAGAAGCCCUGGAUUAAGUCCUGUUGGAGACGAACAAUACAAUAUUUUAGCCAAUCAGAGUUUGUAUGACUCUUCGCUGCUUUUACCAACAACUUCAAUUGAUAAGCCGAUACCGUGGCCGCAUACGUUGGAUUUCGGAUGGAAGGAUAAGUGUCAAAUGGGACAAUGCCCAAAACAAUAUCACAGUGGUGUAUGGGAAGUUCCGGCUAUUCCAUUCAAUGGACCUAAAAAUUUUACAUCGUGCGAGUACAUCGAUGCUUGCACGAACCAACCUGAAUCAGAACAAGGGACAGUAGAUUACCUAAUGAAAAAUUUUAACGAGUAUUACAAAACAAAUAGGGCUCCUUUCGCAAUUAGACUCAAACAAAUGUGGUUCCACUGGUACUAUAGAGAAAACUUUUCUGGACUUUUAAAGUUUUUGGAUAAAAUUUUAAGUUUUGGAGAUGUGUAUGUAACGUCAAUAUCGGAUAUGUUAGAGUGGAUGAAAACACCAAAAUCUUUAAAAGACCUGAAACAAUUUGAUAAAUGGAAAUGUUGAACUGUGAUUAUUUUUGUUAUUUGGAGACAAUAAUAGGACGUGUGCGAGGCUAUAGAGUCGAGCGGCUUUAUAUAAGACAUCAGUAUUUCUCCCAUCCUAGGUGGAUAUAAUAGAUGGGACGGCGGGCUGCCCCAUCAGUGUACUUUAAAUAUGUAUUCUACAUCGAUUGAAGAGCUUCCAGGAGCCUGUGUAUUAUCGGGUCAAUGGCACUUUCAUCGAAAUUCGAACGUGCACGUUAAUUUCCGGGUCAGGACCCAAACACUUUACAUCCGUGGACUGUUCUAUUACGUUUUACAUGUUUCUGAAUUUCACCAAUGUGAAUAGGAGUUUCUUAUUCCAAAACGAGAUGAAAGACGCAUACAUAAACUACUUGUUCAGUGAUCUGAUAAGUAUUUUUAUUACAUCACGAUGAUGCUUAUAAUUAAAUUAUCAUACAAUAGAAGAUAAUGCAACAGUUUGCUUGAAAUAUGAUGCGUGUUUCUGGACGGCCCUUCAAGGCCACUUUACAAAGAAAAUAGAAGUUUCUUGUUCCAAAACGAGAUGAAAGACGCAUACAUAAACUACUUGUUCAGUGAUCUGAUAAGUAUUUAUUACAUCACGAUGAUGCUUAUAAUUAAAUUAUCAUACAAUAGAAGAUAAUGCAACAGUUUGCUUAAAAUAUGAUGCGUGUUUCUGGACGGCCCUUCAAGGCCAUUUUACAAAGAAAAUAGAAGUUUCUUGUUCCAAAACGAGAUGAAAGACGCAUACAUAAACUACUUGUUCAGUGAUCUGAUAAGUAUUUAUUACAUCACGAUGAUGCUUAUAAUUAAAUUAUCAUACAAUAGAAGAUAAUGCAACAGUUUGCUUGAAAUAUGAUGCGUGUUUCUGGACGGCCUUUCAAGGCCAUUUUACAAAGAAAAUAGAAGUUCUUGUUCCAAAACGAGAUGAAAGACGCAUACAUAAACUACUUGUUCAGUGAUCUGAUAAGUAUUUAUUACAUCACGAUGAUGCUUAUAAUUAAAUUAUCAUACAAUAGAAGAUAAUGCAACAGUUUGCUUGAAAUAGAUGCGUGUUUCUGGACGGCCCUUCAAGGCCAUUUUACAAAGAAAAUAGAAGUUUCUUGUUCCAAAACGAGAUGAAAGACGCAUACAUAAACUACUUGUUCAGUGAUCUGAUAAAUAUUUAUUACAUCACGAUGAUGCUUAUAAUUAAAUUAUCAUACAAUAGAAGAUAAUGCAACAGUUUGCUUGAAAUAUGAUGCGUGUUUCUGGACGGCCUUUCAAGGCCAUUUUACAAAGAAAAUAGAAGUUUCUUGUUCCAAAACGAGAUGAAAGACGCAUACAUAAACUACUUGUUCAGUGAUCUGAUAAAUAUUUAUUACAUCACGAUGAUGCUUAUAAUUAAAUUAUCAUACAAUAGAAGAUAAUGCAACAGUUUGCUUGAAAUAUGAUGCGUGUUUCUGGACGGCCUUUCAAGGCCAUUUUACAAAGAAAAUAGAAGUUUCUUGUUCCAAAACGAGAUGAAAGACGCAUACAUAAACUACUUGUUCAGUGAUCUGAUAAAUAUUUAUUACAUCACGAUGAUGCUUAUAAUUAAAUUAUCAUACAAUAGAAGAUAAUGCAACAGUUUGCUUGAAAUAUGAUGCGUGUUUCUGGACGGCCCUUCAAGGCCAUUUUACAAAGAAAAUUGAAAAUGUCGUAAAAACUUCAAAUGUUGUGUAUAUAAUAUUACGUGUAUUAUACACAUUGUAAGGGCGUUUGAAAUAUAAUGGUAUUUGAAUGACUAUAAAACUGUUAAUGUGCCAAAUACUGGCGAUAUUUCGUCACGAAAUAACGUCUAAGGACACAAAACAUUUACGUACCAACGUAUAAUUUGCAAAAAUUUCUGACAAGCGCGAAAUUUACAUGAAGUAUAAGUGCAUGAUGGAUAUUUAUACACCUUUACAAAGCUUAAUUGUUGGGUGAAUACGACACAAUUUCAUUUUUUUCUCUCACUAAUUGACGUGACAUCAAGAGGCAAAAAUGUACAUUUACAUUUGAUAGAAUUUACAUGGAGAUUUUCAUGUUUAAGGAUUUUCUAUUUCAUAUAUAUUUUUCAUAUUUAUUUAAAGCAGUUGUUUUUCUCCACUCCACUUUUGUUUGGUUAUUUUUUUCUCUCAUUAUUUUGCAUACUGUGAUUUGUUUCGAGAAUGUACAUGUACAAAAUAUUUGUUGGGGAAUUUUGAUUCGGUUUCUCAAAUAAAACUGUUAAAACAC